AUGUGGAGCGAAGCCAAGCAGAAGACUGGAUUUGGAGGGUUGCUAGUAUGUAUCCGAGGAACGACACGGCUGUCCGCCAACUGGAUGCGAUGGCAGAUUGUACGCGGGAAACGGCGCUUGCUCUGGGAAACCAACACCGACAUUCUCUCCCGAUGGGCACAAUCGGUGAUCGAAACGGAAAUCCUUCUACGUGAGGUCACUCAACACGAAAGCUUUGUCAAAGAAUGCAUUCAGAUCGUGAAUGCAAACCACGACCCCGUCGUCAAGGCCAUCUUACCCGACAUGGUCGAGGAGUUGAUCACCCUGGACCAUGAAUACGAUCGCCUCGAACGCACAUACGAGACCAUCGUGGCUGGCUGUCCGGCCGGGCCUAUCAAGAGUGGAUAUUUGUGGAUUCGAACCAGAGACAGUCUUGUUUUAUUCCCGACUCCUUCCUCUGACCCCAAUGAUCCCCUCAAUUGGUCGAAGGCCCGCAAAGCUCUCAACUUUACACUCGUCAGCUUCUUUGUUCUGUGGACUUUCGUCCAACUGGACAUCGGCUUCACGGCAUGGGGCCCCAUGCAAACAGAGCUCGGCUUCUCGGUCGACAUACUUAACGCAGAAGCAGCAGUGAACUACGGCGGCCUCGCGGUUGGCUGUAUCUUUUUCAUGCCGUUGGUGCACAAGUAUGGUCGACGCCCGAUUUACAUAUUCAGUGUCGCUCUUCAACUCGCAGCAUGCAUCUGGCAGGCCAAAACCUAUAGCGUUGGAGACCUCAUCGGCAGUGGACUGAUCUCCGGCAUUGGAGGAGCCAUUAGUGAGAUUGUUGUGCAGAUUACCAUCGCAGACAUGUUCUUUGUGCAUGAGCAUGCCACCAUGAAUGGCUGGUACGUCAUUGUACAAUCUACAGGAGCGUUUCUGGGCCCUGUAGCAUCGGGGUAUAUCACUGUCUCACAAGGAUGGCGAUGGACAUGGUGGUGGUGUGUCAUUUUCUUCGGGGUAACACUAGUUUGUGUGAUCGUCCUCUUUGAGGAAUCAAAGUACAUCCCUGUUUUGGAUAGUCGGGAUGCUACCGCCACAGAGGACAUGGCCGAGUCGUCUCAGUCUACCAAACAUGGCGACUGUGUCGAUAAGAAGACUGCGAUUGAGAAGGCGGAUAGGGUUCCUACGAACUCGGAGAUCAGGCCAAAAACAUACUUUCAGCGAAUGGCAUGGGUCACCCCGACGGAUGAGGCGUUAUGGCCUCAUUUCUAUCAACCCAUCGUCGUGCUUUUCACGUUCCCGGCGGUUUCUUACGCAGCCAUUACAUACGGGUCUACUCUGUGCUGGUUUGCGAUUAUGACCUCGCUGCAAGCAUCUUACAUGAUAUUACCGCCAUACAACUUCGAUGCGAUUGGAGUCGGCCUGAUGAACAUCGCCCCAUUUGUGGGCGCUGUGCUCGGAUUCCCAUUUGGUGGACACUUGAGUGACAAGUCAAUCUUGUGGCUAUCCAAGCGGAACGGUGGUUUCUACGAGCCGGAAAUGCGUCUUUGGCUUGCUCUCCCUCUUGCUAUAGUGACACCUGUGGGUAUACUCAUGUUUGGUUUGGGACUGGCCUAUAUCAUCGGAGACGCCUUGGUCGGUGUGAUCUUCAUGCGCAACAUUCUCUCAGUCAUCGUUCUGUUCGUCUUGACCCCUUGGGUGAAUCGCAUGGGCAUGCGAGACUUGCAUAUACUGGUCGCAGUCAUUGCUUUCAUAAUCCUUUUGAUGCCUAUCCCUUUGCUGAAGUGGGGUAAGCAGGCUAGAAUUGCCACCGCAUCAAGAUAUAGAAAGAUGGCAGCGAAUCAGCUGAGUCACCGUACAGUCUAG